AUGCUUCACUUUCCUCGUGCCCUAGCGGCCCUCUCUUUUUCGGUGUCGGCCCUUGCCCUUCCCGUUCUAUUUUCUCGGGCCCAGGCGGCAAGCAAACACUGCGGCGACUACGACUAUGUCGUUUUGCAGGACACCCCGUGGAUCGUCUAUAACAUGCUCUACAAUGCGAACCAAAUCGUAGGCUCGCAGUGCACCAACUACGACCAGGUAAUCACUUCCACGAGUGGAACUAAGGAAGUUGUGUGGAACAGUGUCACGGAGAUUGAAUAUGUUGAGAGCACCAACAAUGUGCCUAAAGGCUACUCCUUCGUGGGCCUCACCCAGAACCUCGAAACAAAGUUGUCGGCCAUCAAUUCAAUUCCUAGCACAUACAGCUGGACUCGUACCAACACCACUGCGUACAAGGGAAAUGUCUGCUUCGACUUCAUGACUAGCGACGUCAAGGGUGAUUCCACCUCCUCUUCCUCUCGGGAGCUGAUGCUCUGGCUGCAUUACGAGGGUGGACAGCUUCCCAUCGGUUGGGCCAACGGUGCUGUUGCCACCAUCGACGACCUCUUCGAUACCUCGUGGAAGCUCUAUGAAGACGUCAAUGAGGAUACCGGCAUCACUGUUAGCACCCUAAUACCUGAGACGCAAUUCGAUGGUACCUUCACUGGGGACCUGAAGGACUGGCUUCUUGCUUUAUCUAAGCUGGGACGUUUCACUGAGUCGACCUAUGUCAACGUUGGUAACGCUGGAACGGAGUUCUUCUAUGGUAACUCGAUCAUGAACGCUACCCUCGGAUUGCAGAUUAACCUGGGGUAA